AUGGGCUUGCUGAACCUCAGCCUCAACUUCAACCUCAACCUGUCCCUCUCCCUCCUCCCGAUCCUGCUCCUCGCAACCCCUUCCGCCACCCCGGGCUUGACGCCCAUACACACCUCCGCCGCACUAUACACGGACACCCACACCCACACCCACGCGCGGGCCCUAUUCUCGUUGGCGCUCCUGUCUUCCGUGCUCGAUGCGUGUCUGGAAGCGUUCAAGCUCUGCCUGGGCAUGCAGACAGGGCUGAACCCCAGCGCGCUGAACCAGGGCGAGUUCCCGGCCUGCGCGGCCAUGACUACCGGUUAUGUCUUCCGCGUCGAGAACCAGGCCACGGUCAUGUAUCUCCAGAAAGUCGGACGGACGGGCCACUUGACGACGCUCGACGUGCACCCUCCUCCCUCGCGCGCCGGGCCUGACGACAAGACAUGGUCCCGCCGCCGGGCGUCAUUACUCUCCAGCAUGCCGGGCCUCUUGCUCGUCGCCGGCCUCACGCUCUUCCCCUCGCAGACGGAUUCCCCCAGCGUGGCCCUUGUGGCAUCCCUCGCGCUGCUCAUCCUCUCGCGCAUCCUCUCCGUCAUCGCCCUGCGCGCCCGCACGUCGCCGGCCGCGGGAGCAUGGCGCGGCGCCCCCGAGCCAGGCGUCCGGGGCGAUCUGCUCGUGCUGCUCUCCGAGGACCGCUGGGUGCGCAUCCGCGGCCUGGUCGACGACUUGAAGGCCGUUACCUCGGGCGCGUGGCUGGGGCGCCCGCAAUCCCCGGCCUGCGCGGCGCUGGUGGAGGGUCUGGACUGGGUCGCGCGCAUGCUGGUGUACCUCGCCGUCGUGGCCCUGGGCGGCGCGACCGACGCCGAGAAAGGCACCCUGGUGGGAGCCGUGCUGGCCGGCCAUUUGCUGCUCGUGUACCAGAACUCCCAGGUGGACGAGUUGGUCAUGAACGGCAGGACGGUCGCGGUUGCAGGCACGCCAGACAGUGUCAAGAACUAUGCGAGACGGUUGGACAUGGCCAAGGAAUUGGUCAAGGAGAUGGGCAGAAGUGAUUUUGCCGUCCGGCUGGGGCUGAUCAAUCCGGACAAGGGAGGGACGGAGAAGAAACAGACUGAGAAAGGCAUGGGCCCUGGGCAGGAGGUGGUCACCAUGUAG